GCAAGCAUUUAGGAAUAGCAUUUGCCAACUCCCAAGACUUGGCUCUCCCUCUCGCUCUGGCCUCACUUACCUAGCUGACCUCCUGUAGUACUGAGUUGUGUGCUGGCCAAGUUCCUAUUCCCUGGCCUGCUUUCCUUCCCUUGACCUUCCUUGAAAUGCUGCUAACCUGACUUUUGACUGUGAUCUAUGUGCUGUCGUGUGUGAAGCCUAAAGAAAGGUCCUUCUCUAAUGGAAACUUUCAUUCUAGGAGUUACCUCAUUCUGUUUUAUGUGGAUCUGUUAGCUCCUUCAUUAGGUUUCAAGCUCUUUGAAACAGUGAUUGAAUUUGCUCGCCUUUGCUUUCCUCUUGGGGUCUACAUUGGGUCCCCAAGUGAUAAUAGAGCCUUCUGUAGUACUGAAUUGCCUUGAACAGAAUUAAAGGACAUUGGCACCAAAUGUGAUUUUGCUAAUCCUUAGUAGAUCUGGUGCCUCUGUCUGGGCCUGACGAGGGUAGAAUGGCUGAAGAAAAUGUGAUCCCCCACCCAUUAUAUUCUUUAUUUCUGAACUACUCUAGAAGUUUUUACCUCUUUUUGUUUCUAUACAUUUUCAUACUUUUAAGCUACCCUUGCUUUUUCUUCCCGUCUAACCUUUCUUCACAUGCUCACAUGCAAGCCCAGUCAUCCAUCUCUCGUUUUCACCUUUCUGCCCUCAUAUAUUUUUCUUAAAAUAUCUUUUCUCAUCUUACCUCCUUUCCUCUAUCAGCCUCCUAAGCAGAAAAUGCUAGUGCUAAUGUUUUAAAAAGUGGGGGAGGACUAGAAAUCUGUAUGAAAUGUAAUUCACUUUUAUUGCUUUUAAAUUAAAUGAAAGACUUUGCCCUUGUUUCCAUUAUACUCGGAAGGAUUUCAGACUAAAUCCUUAAGCCUGCCAUAUGGAAAUAACUGGGCUAGAUGGCUGCUAUCUAAUCUAAGCAUUUAAUUCAAACAUUUGAAAUGGUUUUUGCUUCAAGAAAACAUAGGUUGAUACUAAGCUUUAUUUUAGCAAAGGUUUGGGAAAGGUUCUAAUCUGUAGUAUGUACACUUUAAUAAAUUUCAUAGACUAGAGCAACAGAUUACAAUUUAGUUUGUUCUUCCAACAUAAAACUGUUUUAAUCCUAGUUAUAAGUUCACUGAAGGCUGGAUUUACUCACUGACUUGUUAAAACUGUAGAUAUCAACCACAACCCUGUUAUUUAAACACAAUUCAGAAAUCAUAAAUAGAAAUUCAAAAGGAGAGCUCAAUGUUGCAAGAUGAGAUUUGAUGCCCUGAAGAAACUCUCUGAAAUUUGCCAAAGACCUUGUGGGACUUAAAAUAACUUUUUGUUUCCUACCAGCUAGAUAUGGCAGCUUGAGAACUAUUUAUUAUAAAUCAAAAUAGAUAUUUUACCAACUCAGAAAAUGUUGCUUUUUGUUUGGAUAUUAAUCUUGUUUGUUCAUAUUUUUAACUAGGAAAGUUAGUACGUAAUAUGGUCAUCCAACAGACCACAAGAAGAGCAUUUAUCCCUCAUUCAACAUUUUAGCAAAUAUUUCUUGAACACUAACCAUGUGCAAGGUACUACAGUGACGGUUUCUGCUAAUGAAAUAUGAAUUAAAUUUGAUGCUUGAUCAUAAGAAGUAGAACUGUGAUAUUAUAAUAUUAUAAAUGCCAUAGAAAACUUGCUAUUAUAAAAUGCUCUGAGGAGUUAAUGCUUGCAUAGGGUGCAGUGGGUCAGCUAGAGAAGGUUUUAUAAAGAAAGUGGAAUAUGAGCUUUGAUACCUAGCCAGAUGUGGGUGUGUGAAGAACAGGGCAGGGCGGUGGGGAGUGGGUGGAUUCUGGACAGCUGAAACAUUGUUAACAAAAUCUCAGAAGUGGUACGAAAUGGAAUAUGAAUGAGAAAAACAGAACAUUGGUUAGGUCUUAUUUUUAUGCAAAUUAAAGAAGAGAGUUAGAGACAAAGUUAAAGUCAAUAGGUCUAGAAUUUCAGCUUAAACUUUGGUAGGUAGUGGAGAGUAUUUUAUCAUUAUUCUGCUCUUUAAACAACUUCAAAGAUGAUUGAGCUGCACUAAUCUUGAUUGUAAAGGAAGAGAAAUUAUUUGGAAGACCAGUUAGGAGAUUAUUAUAUUGUCUAGUAAAAGUUAAUAAGAUCUGCACAAGGCUGGGAAGAGUAGGAUUAGAACAGCGGGGUGGAAUUAAAGGACAUCAUGUAGUGGAAACUUCUAGGAUUUAGAACCUGAUUGGAGAGGAAGAAGAAAGGGAGGAGUUAAAAAUAACUGUAAAGAGCCAAAUCUGAGAACUGACCCUGCUAAAAAAGUCAGACAAGUCAAGUGGUGCAGCUGGUGUGUGCUAGAAAAAUAAAAGGCCAAGCUAUGAUAGCAACUGGUGGAGUGAUAACUGGCCUGGCCGCCUUGAAAAGGCAAGACUCUGCCAGAUCACAGCAGCAUGUCAACCUCAGCCCGUCUCCUGCUACCCAAGAGAAGAAACCCAUCAGGCGCCGGCCCCGCGCAGAUGUUGUGGUUGUUCGUGGCAAAAUCCGGCUUUAUUCCCCAUCUGGCUUUUUUCUUAUUUUAGGAGUGCUCAUCUCCAUUAUAGGAAUUGCCAUGGCCGUUCUUGGAUAUUGGCCCCAAAAAGAACAUUUUAUUGAUGCUGAAACAACACUGUCAACAAAUGAAACUCAGGUCAUUCGGAAUGAGGGCGGUGUGGUGGUUCGCUUCUUUGAGCAGCAUUUGCAUUCUGAUAAGAUGAAAAUGCUUGGCCCAUUCACCAUGGGGAUUGGCAUUUUCAUUUUCAUUUGUGCUAAUGCCAUUCUUCAUGAAAACCGUGACAAAGAGACCAAAAUCAUACACAUGAGGGAUAUCUAUUCCACAGUCAUUGACAUUCACACGCUAAGAAUCAAGGAGCAAAGACAAAUGAAUGGCAUGUAUACUGGUUUGAUGGGAGAAACAGAAGUAAAACAGAAUGGGAGCUCCUGUGCCUCAAGAUUGGCAGCAAAUACGAUCGCCUCUUUCUCGGGUUUUCGGAGCAGUUUUCGAAUGGACAGCUCCGUGGAGGAAGAUGAACUUAUGCUAAAUGAAAGUAAGAGUUCUGGGCAUCUUAUGCCCCCUUUGCUCUCUGACAGCUCUGCGUCUGUCUUUGGCCUCUAUCCACCUUCUUCUAAGACAACUGAUGAUAAGACCAGCGGUUCUAAGAAAUGUGAAACCAAGUCAAUUGUGUCAUCGUCCAUCAGUGCUUUUACAUUGCCUGUGAUCAAACUUAAUAACUGUGUUAUUGAUGAACCCAGUAUAGAUAACAUCACUGAAGAUGCUGACAACCUCAAAAGCAGGUCAAGGAAUUUGUCAAUGGAGUCCCUUGUGGCUCCUUUGGCCGACACCAGUGAAUCCUUCCAGCCCAUCAGCACAGUGCUACCAAGGAAUCAUUCCAUCGGGGAGUCAUUGUCAAGUCAAUACAAGUCAUCCAUGGCUCUCGGACCUGGGACUGGACAGCUUUUGUCUCCUGGGGCUGCCAGAAGACAGUUUGGGUCCAAUACAUCCUUGCAUUUGCUCUCCUCACACUCAAAGUCCUUAGACUUAGACCGGGGUCCCUCCACUCUGACUGUUCAGGCAGAACAACGGAAACAUCCAAGUUGGCCUAGGUUGGAUCGGAACAACAGCAAGGGAUAUAUGAAACUAGAGAACAAAGAGGACCCUAUGGAUAGGUUGCUUGUGCCCCAAGUUGCCAUCAAAAAAGACUUUACCAAUAAGGAGAAGCUUCUUAUGAUUUCAAGAUCUCACAAUAAUUUGAGCUUUGAACAUGAUGAGUUUUUGAGUAACAACCUAAAGCGGGGAACUUCUGAAACAAGGUUUUAAUGUUGAAUAUAUCAUUUUACAAGGGUAUAUAUUUUAAAACGAUUUUCACUGAUUUUCCUUCUUAAAGCACUGGCUAUAAGUCUUUUUAAUCAAAUGGUUUGUAGUGUAUUAGAAUUGGCUGCUUAGUUCUGUAAUGAAGAUGGUUGUAUGUUUGGGUUACUUGUGACUGUAGUACUCUAUGUUAUCACAUAUGAUUUUAUUUUUCUCUUCCUUUGAAAGCAUGAUCUCUUUAUUAAUAUGAAUGCAAAAUAGUUGCAUACAAAUUAAAGCUUAUUUUCUUUACUUUUAAGUUCUUUGAUUGCCCUAUUUAUAAAAUGAAGUGUCCAGUAUGGAAAGCAGAGGGUACCAAAGUGUGGACCAGGAGUACAAAUUCAGUCCCAAUACUCAAUACAUAUAUAGAAGACUAUGAGUGCAAACCUUAGGAUGUGAUUUUCUGAAUAAUUGUUCUUUGUAGGAUUUGGUUAAAUUAUUUAAAAUGAAGAAGAUCUAGUUUCAGUGUGAGCUCAAUAAUGUUAAUUGGUUAAGUUCAUUGUGAAUCUUGAGUUUUAGAUAGGUAGUAUUUUUUUCAAUAUCACUUCUGUUUUUAGUGAUAUUAUAGCAAGAAACAAUGUAUUCAAGAGCCAUGGCUGACAGUGCCAGAUAUACUUAGGGAUAAACAUCAAAAUGCAAUAUAGUAGCUAUAACUUUAGAUACUCAGAAUCAAAAUUUAUUUGCAAGCUGACUUGAUAAAAUAAAUGAACCAAUAUAAUUUGUAGAAAUGCUAUCUUGAAAUAAUUAUACACAUGAAGAUGAUGUUGACUAAUGAAUGAAGAUACAUUAUAUACUAGUUAAUGCUAACUAGUCUCAGUACUUUUUUUUAGCCAUCUGUUACCUUCCAGUAGCCCCUCAUUCCCACAUUCUGUUUUCCCCCAAUAUGCUUUAGAUCCUGAUAUUUGGAAAACAAUCAGCUAACCUUGACAUUUCUUUUUACCUUCACAUGCCACUAACUUGGUAGUUCAAAAAAAAUUUAGUUCUUGAUAAAUUGCCUUGAAGUUUACUUUGUGCUGGAAAGCCUUAUGAUAACUCCAAAGACUUUCUCAUGGUAUAAUACAUGUUGUUUAGGAUUGUGUUUCUUAGUUACCGAAGAUAAUAAAUAUUAAAAUGGAUGUUUUCCUCAGAAAAUUUUCAUGUUUUCCUUUAAGGGAACAUACUUGUAAGAAUUGUUUAAUAAAAUACUCAGGAAAUUCUAAAGGUUUCUCCCAAUACCUAAACAUUUCCGAACAUCAGUAUUGCAGUUGUGGAAGAGCAGAAGGAGGAUACGUUUGUUUGUGUUGCUCCCCAAAAUUCCACCUUGCAUUUGCAUCACAAACGUCCCUCAAUUGAGGCAGUUUUAUUUGUUAGAACAUUACGCCUGUGUAUUGUAAUAGAGUGGGCUCAAUAUUUUACUAUAAAGCAUUUAAUAAACUUCUGUUAUUAAUAGAAGUUUGUGUUCUUCACACCUUUGCUAUUGCUUUUUAAAUAAAAUGUACAUUUCUGCUUA